AUGAGGGUGCUUGUGUGGUGUCUAGGGGUGCUCCUAACCCUAUCUUCCACUCACGGGAGUGUACUUCGCGAUGAAAAAGCUUUGGCGGACUUGGAAAUAGCUGCACGAGUGGUUCGCGCCACAGCUGAUCACGACUUGGUCCCUGACGCUUCCGAACACCAUAAGAACCACCACCAUGAAGAAGGGGGUGGUCACAAAGGACAUUCAGAACACCAUGAACACCACAGUGACAAAGGGGAAAAGGGAUACAAGAGUGAACAUCAUCAUGACAAGGGGCACAAAGGAGAACAUGGAAAACAUCACCAAGCGGGACAUCACAAAGAGGAAGGUGGGCAUCACAAGAAACACCAUGAUGAGGCAGGGCAUCAUGGACAGCAUCAUGCUGAGGGAAAAAGUCACAAAGGAGGAAAGUUUGCUGAGAAGAAAGGGCAUAAGAAAGGACAGAAGACCACAGGCUACCACCACAAGUCCCACAAAGACGACUACCAUAAAGAGCACAAGUUCUACGAUGACUACCACAAGGGCGGGCACCACUCCAAACACGGGGAGUUCAACGGCCACCAUGGCGGAAAGAGCGGUCACCACAAGAAGGGCGGCAGCCACAAGAGCGGCCACCAAGAAGACCACCACGGGAAGAAGGGACAUUCCGACAAGGGCCACUACGACGAGGAUCACAAAGGGUUCAAGGGCCAUGGAGGACACGAGUCUCACCACUCACACCAUUCCGACUAUGGAAAGAAGGGAGGACAUGCCGGUGGCAAGGAAUACGGCUUCGCAAACGAGCACAAAAACUAA